AUGCAGGCCGAGUUGAUGUACCGGAAGCCGGCGAUGACGUCGUCUCCCCAGAGAGCGAGCCAAGGCGUCCUUAGGGGGAAGCAGGAUGUUCGGGACUCGAAGGAGACCAUCCAUUCUGGCCACUUCAUGGUGUCCGACUUCGAGGCCGAGGCCCAGGACGACGAGGACGAGCUGGCCGUCCCGGUCCCUGAAGAGGAGGCCGCCAGGCUCGCCAUCAUCGCCCCCGUUGGCUUCUCUCUGGAGAAAUUCGUCGCCGACUCCUCGGCCGAGAAGAGCCCCCAACAGCUCAGCAUCGAGACCUCGCUCAGCAAGCUCUUCCAGUGCAUGUCCCUGGCCUACAGACAGAAGCUGACGUCGCCCAAAUGGAACCGUUUCAAGGGAAUCAGGCUGAGAUGGAAGGACAAGAUCAGACUGAACAACGUUAUCUGGCGAUGCUGGCACAUGCAGUUCAUCUUGAAGCAAAACACUUUGGUCUGCCAAUUCGCAUCGCCACUUGACGUGGACACCCACAACAAGCCAGAGGCGGUGGUCUUGGAAGGCAAAUACUGGAAACGGAAACUUGCAGCAGUAACCGCGGAGUACAAGAAAUGGCGAAUGUUCUACAGGAACCAAAUCCUUGGCUGGACGAACAAGGAUGGCUCGGAUAUGCUGGAGUCGAUGGACAUGCUAGACUGGGACAAUGGCAUGGGAACUUCCGGAGGCUUUGGUACCGGCACGGGAAGUGCAUUCGGAGGAAACAACGGACCAACAGGCGGAGACAAUGUCCACAGUAUGAUGGUCGAUGAGGAUUACAUGGAGCUUAUGACCGAUACACUCUUCUCCACGAUUAGUUCCAACCAACCGAUCUAUUUUCCCGACCCUAGAGAAAUCGCCCGUGGAGCCAGCUUGGCGGAUUUUAUUCAACCAAGCUUAGGGCCACUUCAGCCGAAUCUGGACGAUUUUAUGGACACCCUCGAGCCCCUGCAAGAAUUUUUGAACUCGAAACUACCUCCCGUACCUGAAGAGGAUGACAUGUUUCGCAGUAGCACCCUGAACAGCAAUUACCCGGAACUGGACUUGAUGACACCGAUUCAUCAAGUGAAUCAAAUUAACGAGGAGCCCCCUGUGGCGAUUCAGCAACAGGCUCCCCAGCAGCAACAGCUGACUACGGAUGAGCAGGAUGGGAGCUUGCAGAACCUUCAGUACACCGCAAAAAUCUACACCCAACCGGAAUCACAGGCCACCGGGGUAUUCAGGAACAGUGUGAACAUCGGCGAAGGUUUCAACGCCGUCCAAAGAUACGACACGGCGUCUUCCACUCCAUUGGUCAGGGAGAAAAGUCGGCAGAGCAGAUCGUCCACGAGGUCGAGUCGCGUGAUCCAGCAGCCACAGCAGCAGCAACCACCUGGGUACCAGCAACCAGCUCAGCAUCAAAGCUUGAACUAUCAGGAAGCAGCCGAACAGCGAACGGCGCAGUCCUAUUCCAUGGACAUCCAAACUGUCCAGCUGACUCAGCCGGACAGUCGGCCUCAAAUUAACACUCUGAAUGGUCAGAACAGAGUCAGACAAAUCGCAGCCGCAUCCAAUCACGUGGAACGUCUGACAACUGCUGUGCAGAAUUAUGUACAGUCGACGUCGGUCCAGCAGCAGCAACAGAGGGCGAUCAGACCCCUGCCUGUGAGUUCUCCCAUGGCCAAGCCGUACAAGAUCGUGCAGCCUCAGCAACAGGGCUACAAGUUCCCCACGCCGCCUCAACCCUUCGCCCCUCAGCAGUACAAGUUCAACUCCAACGAUUUUAAAAGCUUACCGGCGCAUCCAGUGGUCUCUGCAGACCAACCGCAGUCGCAUAUUCUCUUCCAGUGCAGACCGCAAGGUUUUGAUCUCUCCGCACCGGCCCAGCAUCCCACGAAAUUACUACCUCGACCUGCUGCUCCUACUGCGGACAAAGAGGAGGUCUUCGCUGUACCUAAGUAUCAAAUGAAAGCAAGGAGUCGGUCGCGUAGCAGUUCGUCGUUGGCUGCUCCAAAGAUGCACCCACCUCCGUUGGUGUCAGCAGUAAGCGAUCCGGCCUUGAACUUGAACAGCAACGUCCUCUUCGCCCAGCUACUCACCAAUAACACGUCCAACCUGUACACGGUGAGUGGGGGUCCUGAAAAAGUGAUAUCAACGGCAAACCUCAGCAGUGGAGUGAAACACAUCUUGCCGAUGCUACCCCCAACACCGUCUUCCGCACAAAUUACCAACACUACUCGCCACAUUACUACGCCUGUUGCUGUGCAACCCAUUCAGACGACACCUGUACAAACCCAGCAACAGCAACAGGCCCUGCAACAAGUAUCCAGCGGACAGUCGGUUCUCCUGAAUGCCAACAGCCAAGCACACCAGCCUCAGGGUAGUCCUGGGUCUCCUAAGGACGGUUCCGCAGCCCACAGUCCUCAGGGUCUCAGUUUGAGUCCUUUGCACAGCCCCAUGAGUCUGGGGAGUCCUUUGUCCCCGUCUCGUGGUUUAGGCAAAAGCGAACCCGAGCGGGGACAGUGCAAGGAGCAAAGACGAGUCGGCCACAUUCAUGCCGAGCAGAAACGAAGGUACAAUAUCAAGAACGGAUUCGAUAUGCUGCACAGCCUCAUACCGCAGCUCAACCAGAAUCCCAACACGAAACUGAGCAAAGCCGUGAUGCUGCAAAAGGGCGCCGACUAUAUCAGGCAGCUAAGGGCUGAGAGGAACCAGCUGAAGGAGGAGAUGGACAGUCUGAGGCAUCAGAUCGAAUGCCUUAAUACUUCUAUCAGCAAUUGCCAGUCGAUGCUUCCAGCUACCGGAGCCCCUGUCUCCAGACAGAGGACCACCAAAAUGAAGGAGAUGUUCGACGAGUACGUGCGAACGCGGACGAGGGAGAAUUGGAAAUUCUGGAUUUUCAGCAUAUUGCUGGAGCCCUUGAUGAUAACUUUCAAUACCUCGGUGUCCACGGCAAGUGUGGAGGACUUGUACAGAAGUACAGUACUGUGGGUGGAACAACACUGUUCUCUCGUUGAUCUCAGGCCAGCUGUUCUCAAUUCUUUGAGGUAUCUGUGCACCGCUACUGACAUUUUGUCGGAUCCUGGUCGUUUGCCGGACGAGGCGCUCGCUGCAGUAAAUCGCUCGGAGCGACAGAGGUCCACGCAGUGACCGAACUUAACCUCAAUGUCGGUCGACAUUUGGCAGAAAGUCGCACUGACUCUAAGAGACGAACAAGGAGGACAGUUACCGUAAUUUAAGUCGCGAAGUGCUGAUACAUCGAGGGCAGACUUUAUUAACAUUUAACGGGACGGGUUGUCAAGUUCGACAGAGGCACGUGUGGGUAGAAAGUUCUAGACAGGGUGGAUACGUGUGCAUGGAUGUGCGUUGCGAGGAGGAAGAGAAGACAUUUCAAGUGCAAUUUUAUCUUUCCACGGUAGUGCCAUAACAUGAGCGAUCGUAGAACAAUCCAAUGCAAAAAGAGAUUGACUAGAUUAAGCUAUCUCUAACGUCUACUUGUUAAUUCUUCAAUCGAAAUUGUGAACUUGCACGAUGCUUUGCACUUCUCUCGGCUAACGCUUGUCCACACUUCGUUCUGGCAGGAGGGAAAGAAAUAUGUAUCCACCGCCUCUGAUUAUCCUUUCAAUGGCGAUUGGAACAUAUAUUUAUGUAAAACCUUACCGAACCAAUUUUAAAUGACUCUUGAAAGUUCGAAAAUAUUUUUGUAAAGUUUAACAACCACUGAGAAGGGGGGUAGUAAUCGAGCCCUCGAAGUUGUAGGAUUGUAAGUGUGGGACUACAUUUUUACAACUACGAGGGAAAGGGGAAAUUGUAUAAAAGUAUAAUUGUAACAAUGCCAAACAGAUUAAACGCGGUAUAUACAAAGUGUACCUUCACAUAAGUUCGCUUGAAGCCUUGCAUGAGAAUGACAACUGAUGGUUUCCUUUUUUGAGCCCAAAUUACUGCAGAUCUGCAAUUGGUCGAUCUAUACAAUAAAUAUUGAAAAUUAGGCUCUUCGAGUAUGCAGAAUAUUAACAUCUUUUUUUAAAUUUAGUCACUAUAGACUGAUUAAAUAUGCUAAAACAUCCAAAUGGCACAUUUUGUAGUGCAAAAGAAAGUGGCCCGUAGUGUAGCGUGCCAUGAGAGAUCGGAACCUAUUAAUAUACUUCUGAAUUAAUUACAACCCGGUUUUGCAGUCUUACCGAUAGAAUCAGCUUUAAUGAAUGCGAAAACCUAAUCUGAAAUCCGUUGAACAGAGAUUUUUAUAAAUAGAACCUAUAUUCUGAUAUAGGAAUUACGAUUGUCCAUGCCUAGGUAAGCUGCGUAAUGUUACCAACGAGACGCCUUUAUAUAUUACUGUAAUUAUAAUACAUUUGACUUUGUGUUGUUUAUAAUUAUUUUGGCGUAUAAUUGCGUAACUACGCCAUCGUCGAUUAGGCAACGAGCCUAUUUGUAAAGUUGCUUGUUACGCAUAAGAGAGAGAAAGAGAGAUAGAUGGUUGCUCACAAAUACAAUUAUACGUACGUUAAAUCGAUAAUGUUAUGCAAUAUGAGGUUUUUAUUACAAAAUUUCAUAUUAUAAUGUACAAAUCCUUUAUUACAGUUCAAUUACUACCUAGAAUACAUCUGGCGAGGGACAUCUGCAUAUCGUUCACCUGGAACUUGCGCAGAGUGCAGUACAAACCACUAACGACUAAUUAUAAAACAAUGAUAGACUGAAUCUGAAUUUCGAUUUGAGAAACUUGUUGCAAAUGAAUCUAUAAAUACGUAAUCUACGUCAGGUUAAUUGGUUCAAUUUCUUCUUAAAGAACGAUGUGUAGCUGUGCUUCGUACAAAACUAUUGUGAAUGUUAUGUAUAAGAGAUGAAUGAUUACGUGUAUCAGUGAUGGGAUGUUCUUUUGUACAUUAUGUAUCAUAUAAUCAUAGACACUCACUUAGUUGUUAACCAAAUGUUAUUAAAUCUGCAUAAAGAAAGAAAAACUUCA